AUGGCCAAGUUCGUCGUUGAAUUUUCUCCUCCAGAAAAAAUUAAAUCAGAGCCAUACGAUGUUACAGAUUCUAUUGUAAACUAUCGUAUGGUAUUAGCACCAUUUCAAAAGCAAACUCAAGUAGAAUUUAACAAUAUAAAACUUAAAGAAAUUGCAGUGAGAUUUUUAACAGUUGUCAAUCCUCUUGACAAACAUGGACAGUUUGUUUUACCUCCUCCAAGUGAUGGUGUUUAUUUUGAUGUUUAUAAAUUCACAUUAGAACCUAAUUCUCAACGCGAGAUAUCAAUAACUUGGCAACCAUCUCAGUAUGGAAAUAUGCGUAAACUUAUUAAAAUAGAACAAGUCGAUAAUAACAAAAAAUAUGAUUUUGUUAUUUUGGGAAAUUGUAAUAGUCCUUCAUAUAAAAAAUUUAAGAGUGCUACCUCAACAACUUCAAAAACAAAAAUUUCUAAUUUAAUUAAAAAACAAUUAAAACAUGAACAAGAAAAAGUACUGCCAAAAAAGACAAAUCAUAUAAGUUCUAAAACUGAAAGAAUUAUUCUAGUAAAAAAUCCUGUAAAAAUACCAGAACCCAUUAGUGAAGAAAUACCACCUAUCAGACGACAAACAUAUUUAGUUGGAGAAAAAGAAAAUCUUCCAAUUUCAAAAAAAAAUGUAUUAUGUAGAGAUACAAUACUUACAAGUCCUGAACGCAGUAUUAAACGGCCAGAUCAGAAACGUCAAGAUCACGUUUUUAAUAAUCAUUUUAAUUUAAAGAGUCUAAACAAUAGUUCUAGCCCAAUGAGUGAUGAUUCACUAGAGAAACCAUUAAACAAAAUUAUUAUUAACAAUUCUCAAUUAAAUGACUUCUAUUUAACACCAUUAAAAAGUACUGAAAACUUACUUUCUCCAUUCAGCAUUAAGAAACAAAUUAAUAAUUUUGAUGUCACUGAUGGACGAUAUGUUACUACUUUAUCAAAUUCUUUUGUAUCCAAACCUCAAGAUGGUUUCACUUCAGUUUUAAUUGAUACUCCAGAAAACCAAAAGUCAAGCAAUGUAUGUGUGAAUCUCUGGAAUAAAUUUUUAAAAUCACCAGAAGAUGAAUUAACUAAUGGUGGUACAAAUGUUUGGUCACAUACCGUCAACUCACAACCUUCUACAUCUCCUUCAGAGGUUAAAUCUAAUGACUUAAUACAAAAGUGUGAAAUGUCGCCUACACAUAAUAUUCAUCAACAUACAAUGAUUACUUGGAGUGGUACUAAACCGAAAAGACCAUCAUUUUCUAUUAAAAACUCUUUUUAUUACAAAUGUAGUCCAAAAACGUCAAUGACAUCUAAGAACAAAGUAAAACAAUGCAGUACAAAUCCACGAACAACACGUUUGAAAACUCCUAAACUAGAUAAGUAUGAUGAAUAUCUUAAGUGCCUAGCAAAUCCACAACUUUUAUAUCACAAUAAUGCUGAAGAUCCAUUUUUAAAAAUGUCUGAAUACUAUGAAACAGAAUGGUUGGACCGGCAAGAAUCUGAUAUGAUUCGUUGGUUAAAUGCAAUGCUCACACCGACUGAAAAGUUGGUAGAUGAAGAACAAUCUAAUGAGUUAGAGGAAGCAGCCAUGGCUUGGGUAGAAGCAUCCAAGGCAUGUCAUAAAAAUAAACCUAUGCAAUUUGCCACUCAAAAAGAUCUGUUUGUCGCACAAAUGUACCGGCAGUCACCACAACAAUGGAGUGCAUUGCGCAAAGCCACAACAAAUCUUAUAACAUCUUCAAGUGUGACAUCUGUCCUAUCAAAAUUAACUGUAUCGAUCGAAAAAGAUCUCAUCACUUUACGAGAUGACCGUCAGAUACAUUUGGACUUGAGUUUAAAGAAAAAAAUUAUUGAUUUGUUAAAAUGUUACAAUCCAUUAUGGUUCCGUAUUGGCUUGGAAGCUAUAUAUGGUCAAAUUAUUCAUGUGAAGCCUGGAUCUAAUGAUUUAGAUGGUAUUGGCUGGUUUGUUCGUAAAAAUCUGUUUAAUAAUGAUUAUGUCAAACAAAAAUUUAUCAAAACGACUGUACUCCAAAUGAACCUCCCUUCAUAUAAUACUGCCAUGAAAAAAUUUAUUUUAAGAAAAAUGUUUAUGCUUAUAUAUUUUUUGGACUGCGCUAAAGAACAACAAUUAAUCAGGCAUAAUCCGUGCUUGUUUAAAACAAACUCGCCAUAUAAAAGUAGUUAUGACUUAAUGAUGGGAUUUUGUGCAGACAUGGUAACUGCACAUGGAGACAUAGUACGUCGCCUGCGAAGUAUUGGUUACAACUUGACACACAAACAAACACAUUUGGAUGAAGUAAAUUAUGCAGUUAAAUCUCUAAAUGACCUAAGAGAUGGCACUAGAAUCACUAGAGUUGUGGAAAUUUUAUUUAAAGGCAAUCCAUUGUCUCAAAAACUAAGGCUUCCAGCCAUUUCAAAAUUGCAGAAAAUACACAAUGUUAAUUUGGCAUUCACCCGAAUAUCUGAGCACAUAUCUAUUGAGGGCAACAUAACCACCCGUGAUAUCGUGAACGGCCACAGAGAAAAAAUGCUAUCGUUGUUCUGGCAGAUUAUCUACAAGUAUUUAACCCCACGGUAUAAUAACGCUGCAACAAAAAUUCAAAACUGGUGGAGAAAUAGCAGUCUGAAACUGGUAAUAUCCAAAAGAAUCCGAGCCAAAACUAUUGCCAAGCGUCACAUAGCUGCCACCAAUAUACAAGCGCGCGUUCGAGGCCAUUUGAUUAGAAAAAAAUGGCCUCAUUUGCGAGCUGAACUGGUAAAAAACCGUGAUGUGUUGCACACAGCGUCCACCACAAUCAAACGCUAUUUAAAAGACAAACUGAAGCUAUUGACAGACGAUCGAAAACGGUUUAUAAUUUUAAGGAGAACAGUCGUGUUCGUUCAGAAAAAGUAUAGAAACAAGAUGGCUAUGGUUAAAGAACGACAGAAGUAUUUGAAAUUCAAACAGUCUGCGAUAAUCAUUCAAAAAACGUUUCGAGGGUUUAUGCUGAGGAAAAACUGGCACGAAAUCAAGAAUGAUCUAAUUGCGGUAAAAACGAAACGAAUUGGUGCAGUCGAUACGAUCAAGCGAUUUUUGCGAAAGAACUUGUCGCCGACACAAGACCGUUUAGCAUAUUUGAAGUUAAAACGUACGGUGUUGUACACCGAAAGUCGGUACGUUGCGAACAAAACGACGAAGUUGCAAGCGGAACGUUACGCCGCCCUAAAAAACGCGGCCGUGUGCGUACAGAGACGGUUCAGGGCGAACGCGACGAUGAAAAGAGAACGGGAAAACUAUUUAAAAGCCAAACGGUCGGCAUUGACGGUGCAAAAAGUGUUCCGCGGUUUCGCGGCGAGGAAACGUUGGCCAGACGUACGAAACCGUUUGGUGUCGGAAAACGAGAGACGAACGGCGGCGGUGAACACCAUCAAACGGGCGUUGCGGAAAAACUUACCGCCGACACGAGACCGUUCGACGUUUUUGACGUUGAAACGUGCCGUGUUGUACACUGAAAGUCGGUACGUCGCAAACAAAACGACGAAAUCGCAAGCGGAACGAUACGCCGCCCUGAAAAACGCGGCCGUGUUCGUGCAGAGACGUUUCAGGGCCAACGCGGCGGCGACGCGAGACCGACAACGCUAUUUGAACGCCCGACGGUCGGCCGUGCUUAUACAAAAGACGUUCCGGUGUUUCGUGGCGAAGAAACGUUGGCCGGCGACGCGAGACCGGUUGCGGUCGGAAAUGGAAAGGCGCGUCGCGGCCGCCGACACGGUGAAGCGGGCGCUGAGACGGAACCUGCCGGCCACCCGGGAGCGGGCCGAGUUCACCGGGCUGAGGUCCGCCGCUCUGUUCGUGCAGCGGACGUGGCGAGCCAAGAACCUGAUGAGGGUGCAACGGGAAUGGUACACGACGUCGCAGUACGCCACCGUGUACGUGCAGCGGACGUUUCGGGCAAAGGUCGCGAUGAGGUCGGGCCGCCGGGAGUACUUGAAGGCCAAGCGGUCGGCGGUGAUCAUCCAAAAAGUGUACCGCGCUUACGCGGCCAGGCGCAUGUGGCCGGAUGUCCGGGACCGGCUGGUCGCCGACCGGGCGGAACGGGCCCGCGCAGCGGACGUGAUCAAGCGAGCCCUCCGACGCCGGUUGCCGGUCGCCCCUGACCGGCUCCACUAUGAGCGGCUGAGACGGUCGGCGGUGGCCGUUCAGAGGCGAUAUCGGGCCAACGUCGCCAUGCGGACGCAACGGGAAGCAUACCGAUCGCUCAGGCGCAGCGUGUUGGCGGUACAGCGGCGGUUCCGGGCCAACCGGGACGCGAGACGCGACCGUAGUCUGUACGCGCGACUCAGGUCGACGGCCGUCGGACUGCAGGCAGCCGCCCGAGGCCACUUGUUCCGCCGGCAUCGGUGGCCAACACUGAUGGCUGAGCUGACCAGCCACCGCCUACUGAUGACCCGAUGCGCCGACACCGUGAAACGAGCGCUGAUGAGGCGGCUGGCCGACGGUGAUCGACGACGGUUUUUAGAGCUACGGCGUGCCGCCAUCGCGGUCCAGCGCCGGUUCCGGACCCGCAGACAGGCCCGCGAGUACGCCAAACUGCGCGAUGCCGCCACGACGGUGCAACAGCGAUUUCGGGCAAACCGGGCAGCGAGACGUCAUCGAACAGAAUACUUGCGCGUCCGCGCCGCCGCGGUCUUGCUGCAGGCCUGCGUCAGGGGACGCCGUGCGCGCGUCCGGUGGCCCGUCGUGAAACGCGACUUACAAGCGCACCAGAACCGGUUGGUCGCGUCCAGCGACACGGUCAAAAGGUUCCUGCGUCGGUGCCUGCCCGCCACCGAUGAACGUUCCGAAUACUUGCGCCUGAGACGGGCUGCGGUCGCGGUGCAGACUCGGUACAGGGCCAUGGCCGCUGGAAGACAUGACCGUGCCGAGUACCUCGGUCUGAGGCGGUGUGCGAUCGUGUUGCAGAGAUGGUACAGGGACUGCAGAGUACUCCGGUCAGUGGUCUUGUUGCAGGCAUAUAUCCGAGGAUGCUUGAUCCGCCGCCAGUGGCCGCAACUCAAGCACCGUCUGGAGGCCGAACGGAAGCUCGAGGCUCACUCUAAACAGGAGAAAUACAAGGCUGCAACUAAAAUACAAGCAACCGUUAGGGGAUUUUUAGCCCGUAAGAAAUUUCCCAAGCUCAGAGACGAAUUGAUAACUCACAAACGUGCUUGUGCCAUCACAUUAAUACAGGCCCUUUGGAGAGGAUACUGUGUUCGAAAAAAGUACCAGUGUCGACGCGACACUGUCAGAAUGCCCAGAAGAAGUGCCCAGACGUUGGGCAGGAGACACAAUGAUGUGAUAGACAUAUUAAACAAGCAAAAAAAAAAUGAAUACUCAUAUAAAGAACUGGCAACAGUCUUCUGGAACUUGGACACUUGCACAUCAUUAUCCAAAGAGUUAUGUAUGAAGACGGCAGAUGGUGCAAUCGUAGAUUACAUUUUCCAUUUCCUACAGUAUUCCAACCAAUCACAACCGAGCACCGAGGCCCGUGAACCUGCCAUCCGAGUACUCAUCAAUCUGCUUAGGUACCACGAAACGACAUGGAUCAUUUGGACAAGAACUGUAAAUGCUGAUAUGGUCAAAGAACUUAUUAAAAUGAUGAAGAUGAGUUGUGGCAAAUUCGGUUCAGCAAAUAAACUGUUCUGUUUAAUAGCAACCUUUAUAUGGAUAGCUUUGCAAGACCCUGAAAAAAAACGAUAUUUUAAAAGCAAUCCAACUGGAGACUUUAAAUAUAUGAUGGAUUCACUGAACAGGAGAUACAAAACACACAAAAUAGACAAGAAAUUAAUGGUAUUGCCAUCAACACGGCCUACAUGGUAUAUUGGCUCUAAGUGCCAAAAAUGUUUUGAAUCUGAUCUCUUUGCUACAACUCAGGUCUGCAAAAUGUUGAACAUCAUAAAAUAAUUGAAACUACUUUUUUACUAUUUAUUAUUAAUUAUUAUUAUGUUUAAGAUCUUUUAUUACUAUUAACUGUUUAAAUUAUUUGAUUGUUUUUUUCCUAUUUUAAAAUUUUAUCAAUAAUAUGUAUAUUACUUUCUACAACCUUUUGGUAUUUUACCAUUAAAAAUCACUUUUUUAUAUGCCAGCUCAUUUAUAUGAUUUUAAUGAAAUU